AUGUCUUGGAAAUCAUUUUUGAAAUCUACUUUAAAUCAAAAUAUAGAAAAAAUAGGUUUAUCUGCUUCUUAUGCAUCCUUAGCUACCGUUAGACUGGACAAUACGCCCGCUGUUCGCACUGUUGUCAUGCGAGGGUUUGUUGCUGAACAUCAUAAAGAAGAAACAGGGUUGACAAGUGACCUAUUAGUCAUCACCACUGAUAAGAGAACUGAAAAGAUGAAGGAGAUAGAAAAUAACCCAAAUGUGGAAAUUAAUUGGUAUAUGAACGGAACUGUCAGCCAGUUUCGUAUUCGUGGCAUUGUUUAUAUCAUCAAAAAGGGAGAGGUCCCCAUCUGUGACUGGGACACAGCCGUUUCUUCAUCCUCAAUAGCACCAACAACUCAGCCUAGUUUGGCAUUGGAAGCAUUCAACAGACAUAAAAAGAUAAACUGUUGGGAAGCAGAACGAUUGCGUCAAUUUAUUCAGCUUGACGCAGGUUUAAGAAGAGAUAUGCUCGAUGAGACAGAUGCACCUGAUAUUAAACAAUUAGAUAUAGAAGGUAUAGAUCAGCAUGGCUGGUUUCAACAUAGUCAAUUACAGCCACUAUUGGAAAAAGCCUAUGAAAACUUUAUAUUGCUCGUAGUGGACGUGCGGUCGAUUGUUUACUGGUCGCCUCCUGCUGGAAUAAAAUCUCUUCUUUAG